UGAUGCUUGCGGUCCUGAAUGCUCUGAGCUGCCACAGUGAGGUGAGGGCCAGGGACCCUGACGUGGAGGAAGAAGAGACAGUGGGCCAUGGAAGGGCACAGCGAAUGCCUGGCACAUUUGGGACAACUCACCUACCCAUGCCACAUAACCAUCGACAUCCCGGCACCCCGGUCUCGAUGGCUUCUGCUGGUACCCCUCAAAACUCUGCGAACCCCACAAGAGAGAGAAUACAUCCAUCUGUACAUAGAGGAAACUGGUGUGCGUAUGUGAAUCACCGUGUGGUCACCACAGCUGUACUGUGUACUGAGACCCAGAAAGUGAAAUCAGUAAGCCCCUGUCCUGAUGGGGCUCCAGAUUGCCAAAACAUCACGCAAGUCAAUGCAUAAAUAUAUUUGUAUAUAUGUUAUUAUAUACAGUAUAUGCAUUACUGUAUGUCUUAAUAAUAGUGAUGAUUAUGAUAUUCAGGUAUCGGUUGUCCUCACUGCCUGUGUACAAACAGAAGCACACUACGCUCUCCUCACUGCAUUGGCAGUGCUGCCCGGGAUAUAGAGGACACAACUGCUUGGAAAAAGAAGAUAAGGCCCAUGACUCAAAGUCUGAACAGGACCAAGUAAAAAGCCAAAAUUCUGGACCAUCUAAGGUUAAUGACAACGAUGACCCAGAAGAAAAAAUCCUGACUGACCAGCUAGAGGAUGUAGGUUGGGAUGAGAAAUCUGAACGGCAGCCUCCUAUCCAUGAUCCUUCAACUCCUGUUGAACCUCCUGACAGCCCUGUUGAUGCCAAAGAUGGGAUCCCUGCCUCACACCCUCUGCCAAUACUCGAUUCAUCCAUUCUACUGUCAAUGCAACAGUUCAUGUCAAUUAUGAUGAGUCAACUUCAGCCAGUCCUGGAAAGCUUCAAUCAAACACUGCAACGUCUGUCCGGCGAGGUGGACGCGCUGUCUCGGGACCUGCAGCAGUUGCGGCUGGAAAAGCAUGCGGAGAGCAGGACUGAAGCUCACGGUGGAGCUAUUAAAGAGAAAUUAGAGUACAGCUAUAUGCAUAUCAGUCAAAUGAAAGCUCAACUAGACACACAGAAAGAUCAGAUGGAGAAGGCAUUACAGAUCCAGCAAGAACUGCUACAGCAGAACCUAACAAAACUGAAGGAGGAGAUGGAUGAUCAGAUCAGUCAGAGCCAGGAUGUACAGAUGAAUCUCCAGUCCAUAAGUGUGUUGGUUAAGGAAGUAAGAAAUGAACAGAAGAGGCUGGAAGGGACACUGCGGAGAGAGCGCAUGGAUGGUGGCCAGCCAACGCCGGAGUCAAGAGUGUGGGAGGCCAUCGCUCGCCUGGAUAAAGAGACGCUAAAACACACGGCACAGCUCAGCAGCUUGUCUGAGACCUCUGAAGACAAUGCUAGAGCCGUCCAAGACCUUCGAGGAGAUCUACUGAAAUUGGGCAAGAAAUUAGAAGAGUUCAAAAAGGACUCGGAGGUCCAAUUUACAGAAACGGGUUUGGAGAUAGAAGCCGCUCGCGUCAUGGUGCAAAACAGCAUUGGUGAGCUUCAAGUUAAUCUAAGUUCACACAAAGGCCAGGUGAGAGAGCUAGAGCUAGACAUGGACAACAUCUAUCAUCAACUACAAAGAAAUGAUUCGACGAUUGCAGAGCAAACCUGUGACUGCGGGUCGAUCGGCGAUUCCCUGCUGAGGUUAGAAAUGGAGGUGGGUAACGUGACACGUUUAGUGAGAACAAACCAGUUUGCAGAUGAAGAUGUAGAGAGGAAUCAGGCUCGAUGGGCGACAGAAGUGGAAGAUCUUCAUCAGGGUCUGCUGACUAUGAAAGAAUCGUUGUCUUUUGAACAAAGUAAAAGCAGGGUUAUAAACAACAAUCUAUCCCAGCUAAAGGCUUCACUUCUGGAGAGCCAACAGGAGAUCCGUGAUCUGAAAAAGAAAGAUGAGGAGAAGACGGAUGAAAUUCAAGGCCUGUCGGCCACCUUCUCUUCUCUUCUGAGCGACGCCGUACGGCACUCCGAGGCCCUGGAGGUGAUACUAGGAGAGGAGGUCUUGGAAUUCACCAAGUGGUCACAAAGCCAACAGAAAGAGCUCAGCAUACCAAAUCUUUUAGAGAAAAUGCACUUGAUGCAGCAAAAAAUUGAAAACCACAACAAGUACCUAGCUUCUCUUCGGAAAAAGCAUCCUGAAGAAAGUGAGAUGCAUAGUGAUGACCCCGUGUCAUAUUCAGACUGGACCGGCGCAAAGAACCAAGUGGCCAGUGAUCGGGAUUCAUUGGACCCGUCUACUGGAGAGGAUGAAGAUGUGGACUACUCAGUCAGUGACUUCUGGACUCUAGGAAAAGAGGUGGAGCAAUUGGCAGGCCGAAUAAACUUGCUGGAGGAGCGUUGUGGCAACUGCACUGAGACCCCCGGUGGCUCGGUUGUGGAACUGCAGGCAGAUAUAACAUCACUACGACAGAGCCUGGAGGAUCAUUUAGAAACAUAUGAAAAACUAUUCAGUAAUACAGAAAAACUAGUCAGCUCUGCAAGAAGCCUAAACCUAGAUGAAGUCUGGAAGAUGGUUAGGAAGAAAAACAAGAAGGACAGAAGGCAACUCCACAACCAAAAACAACAAAUAGAAGGAGUACAAGACAACUCUUCCAGUAGGCGAAGCAAAAGACACAGUAAAACAGGACGUGCUUUAUUACCACAUUCCCCGGUGGUGUUCGUCGCAAGCCUGGACCACAGAACAGGGCCGAAAGGGGAGCUCACAUCGAGAAACGUGGAUGUAAACGACGGUGGUGCUGUCAGUCCUUCAUCACAGAUGUUUCGGGCCCCUGAGGCUGGACUUUAUCUCUUCGUAGUGACAUUAGACUUUCAGAGGGGCCGUUCAUUGGCUGUGCUGAACCGCAGUGGAGUCCCAGUGGCCUCUCUCAGACAGGAAGAAGGGGGGACGGUGAGUCGAGUCAUCCUGCUUGAGCUUCGACCAGGGGAGACAGUCACGUUAGAAUUGAUGCGUGGAUCAUUACGUCAAGGACAACCUGGGGUUAACACACUGUCUGGACUGUUACUCUAUAUUACCAAGCACGAGGAUCUGCUCUGA